GUAUGUCAGCAGUUGGCGCCAUUCGGUCAGUAGUGAGCGCGCUUUCGUCGGAUUAACACGUGGUUCCCUCCCAGUAAAGCCGUGAGAAGUUCGGAUACCGGAUCCCAAAGCAAUGGAUUUUUGUUGGUUUUGGUCCAGUUAACUUUUGUGGUUUACUGUAGCAUGGAGAUCAGAAAUCAGGAUACUGAUGCAUAACUGAGGAAGCGUAAAAGUGCGUUUCGAAAUUUACUGAUGUAUGAAAGUGCUUCUGAAUAUAUAUUUUGUGAAAAAGAUUGAUUGAUUUGUGGUUGAAAAAUAAAAUGUGUCAGUUGCAUUUGGCAAUGGGAAUUAUGGUUAUGGUUAGGAUGAUGCUGAAGGUGGAUGCAGUCAUAAAAAAGCGAUGAUGAUGCUGAUGAUGUUAAUGAUGAUGCAGUUGUAGUGAAUCUGUAACCCAUCGUAAAGUGGAGUAGAGUCAGUGCAUCUGGUCAAAUAGUUUUGCAAAAGCGUGCGGCUUGAAGUGGGCGCGAUUUCUUUCAAGUUGGCAGCCAAUAGUGAAGAAAAAAAUAAAUAACUAACGUCUGCGGCAGUGGAGGUGUGUUGAUGAUUUAGAUCAUUAUUUUACCGAGUGUAAAUUGGAUGGGCACUGCACGGUUAGAUUGGAAACCAUUCUCGUAUAGGAUUUGUGCAUUAAUCUGAGGAUAAUUGCUGCGUUUCUUGGGAAUGGGAUUUUUGUUUGGAUCGUCAAAAGAAUGUAUCAUUGUGCAACGUAAUGCAGUGAUAUUUAAAUGCCGGCGGAUAAUAGCCGAAACCUUUGUGAGUGUAUGUGACCAGGCUUUAUCGUAGUUACUAUAUUGCAGAAACAAGUGGAAAAGUUUAUGAGUUACAUGAUCAAACAAAAACUCCACAAAAUAGGAUGCCGAAAGGAGUUAGUAGAUGUCAGUUAUAUCCAAAUGAAUCAACAAACUUGGUGAACUGAACAAAAAACUAAACAAGAAUUAAAUGAAAUAGCUACAACCGAGCACCCAUCCACCCACAAUAAACAACGAACUAAAAUUGAAUUCCACCGAUUGCCAUCCGUUACCGGGCAGAGCACAUCCUGCCACAAAACGGUGUCUGCAUGCUACAAAGUUGUCCGUUUUAUUCCUGCAGUUGUUGUCGAAACCGAAAAUACCGAAUGCUGCCAGGAAUAAAGCAGGGGCGAUAAAAAAGAGAUCCAGUGAAUGUGGUUUCGAGAGAACGUGAUGUGUCGUUGGUAGUGUAUUUUUUUUUUCGAAAAGGCAUAAUAGAUUAAGAAACCCCGAAAAGUGGAAAAGUUGUCCCGAAACGAAUGGAAAGUGAUAAUUGGAGAGUUGUUUGAUUUUUUUUUUGUGGUAAAGGUUGAAAGCAAGUUUUAAAUUUGGUGCACGAUUGGAGUUUGAAGUUACAUCAGAGUUGAGUUACGACGAAAUCAGCAAACGAGCCCAAUUAAACCGAGUUCGUGCAAUAGAGUCAUGGUGAAUUUGCGGUUACAAGGCAAUGGCAGCCACGGUUCGCAUCUGCUCUUGACUGCACAAUCUGGUCAAUAGGAAAUCCGACCGCAGCAACCAAACGAAUCGAUAGCAUGGAAAACGGCCAGCCCUGGUCCGAUUGGUGCUCGGGGAACUACUGGUCGACGGUUCGCUAUCUGCUGUCCUGUGCCAACUACAACAACACCUGGACCUCCUACUGGGGACCGGAUAUAGUCUGUGAUUAUAAUCGCAUUGCUCUCUCGCCGGGCGAACAACCGGCGGAAGUGGUCCGGAAUUCGCUAAAAGGUAUCGCAGCAAUUAACACGGUCCAGAGCACGGCCAGCAGCCCGAUAAACGCAUCGUCAUCGAUUGACCACAACUCCGUGCUACGGGUCGGCAUCGAGUGCUAUCAGAACUUCAAAUGCAUCCUCAAAUCGGUCACCCCGAGCAGCGGCAACAGCAGCAGUAUCGUCGGUAAUCAAUCCAACUCGGACGCGGUGCGGUGGACUGAUGCCCUGUACGAGUGCAACCCGUUGAUGGCAACCGAUAAGCAAGACAACCUGUUGAAAGAAUGCAUCACUAGCUACAACGCCACAAUCGUCGCGCGUAACAUUGUAAAACCGGUGUCGGAACUUCUCUUGAGGUUGCCCAAGCUGUCGUUGGAAAUGUUGGCCUCCCGAACUGGAAUCCUGUCCAACGAUACGUCGGCUACAGCGACUACAGCAGGCCAGCCGUGCGCGCCGGAUAUUACCCGGGUCAGUUACCACCAUUACCAGCUGAUUUGCAACAACAGUGCCGGUCGGUUCACUUUCUACGAGAACGAUUCGUUCGAUCUGCUAAACUCGUCAACUUCGGCCCUGCUGGAACCCGUUCAGUGUCUGCUCAACGUCCAAUACGACGAUGUGAUAAAUCAACUAACGGGUAUCGUGUUUCCCAAUGGGACGACGACGACGGUGACCGGCGGCAGCUCGCUGAUGUCCUUCGGAACGCGCUACGAGUGGAGUUUCUUGUUCGUUAUUCUGUUUAUCUUUGCCGGUGGACUCGGCAAUAUCUUAGUCUGUCUGGCGGUGGCACUAGACCGUAAACUGCAGAACGUAACGAACUACUUUCUGCUGUCGUUGGCCAUCGCGGAUCUGCUGGUGAGCCUGUUUGUGAUGCCGCUUGGAGCCAUUCCCGGAUUUCUGGGAUACUGGCCAUUCGGUGUAACGUGGUGUAAUAUCUACGUUACGUGCGACGUGUUGGCCUGCUCGGCAAGCAUCCUUCACAUGUGCUUCAUCAGCUUGGGCCGCUAUCUGGGCAUUCGGAAUCCACUCGGGAGCAGGCAUCAUUCGACCAAACGGUUAACGGGCAUCAAGAUAGUUCUCGUGUGGUUGCUGGCCAUGCUGGUUUCGAGUUCGAUUACCGUCCUAGGUAUCAUCAACAAGUACAACAUCAUGCCAGGACCCCAGGAGUGCGUCAUCAACAACCGGGCGUUCUUUGUUUUUGGCUCGCUGGUGGCCUUCUACAUCCCUAUGGUGAUGAUGGUCGUUACGUACGCUCUGACGGUACAGCUGUUGCGGAAGAAGGCUCGCUUCCUGGAGGAACAUCCGGAGGGGGAACUUUUUAGAAGACUAGGAGGUCGCUUAUCCAAAACGAAACAUCCCUCGGCCGGAAACGGAGGCAACAGCGGUGUGGGAUGUCAGAGUGACGACUCAAUUUGCUUAGCAAUGAAGAAUCCUUUGGAAAGGCGGAAAAAUAAUAUCAACAACAACAGCAGGAUGCUGCCGUUUGGGGGAACGGCUCCUUGGCAACUGCAUGGCCUCAAUUCGGACAGAAUAGGCACCAUUUCGGCGUCGACACAGGCGGUCUCAACGGCCGGGACUUAUAGCAACGGUGGCACCGAUCCAGCUGGCAUCGUUUCUUCGUCCACGUUGAGCGGCCGCAGCAAUGUUGGAGGCAGAGCCCGUAGAGCACAGUAUCAUCAUAACCACCACCUUCCCCAUCAUCACCAUCAUCAGCAGCAUAAUCAUCAUCAUUACCACCGGUCUGACCUUUCGACACAGUCCAGCAUGAGGACCUGCGACCAGAGCACUCAAACGCCAGAAAACAUCGAGAGGGAAACCCGGCGGCAACGGUUCUGCUCCUUCCGGUUGCAUCUGAACAGUGUACCGACGCCAAGCAUAAAUUUCAAUUUGAAAUUUUUGGCCAGCAAAAAACGCACCAACCUCUCGGCGAAUGCCGUGGCGACCGAGCAGAAGGCCACCAAGGUCCUAGGUUUGGUGUUUUUCACAUUCGUAUUCUGCUGGGCUCCGUUCUUCAUCUUGAAUAUAAUUUUCGCGGCUUGGCCGGAUCUGGAAGUACCUGACCGAAUCGUCAAUAUCUGCCUGUGGUUGGGCUACGUUUCGUCCACAAUUAACCCGAUCAUCUACACCAUAUUCAACAAAACGUUCCGGGCGGCGUUCAUUCGCUUGUUGCGCUGCCGCUGUGAAAGGUCUCGUCGCCCAUCUCGGUACCGCUCGGUGACCGACAGUCGGGGAGCCGUAAGCUUAUGUACGCCAUCUGCCCUUCCGUUGGCGAUUUCCCUGCAGGGAGCUCCAUUGCUAACGCCAACAAGCACACAAGUGACGCCACUCAGUGACUUUCGUGGAAGCUACGAAAUCACCGACGACGAUUGUUAGACUAUUGUUCCUCUCUCUCUAACUAUAUGUAAGUGUACCUGUCAACCAAUGUAUGAAAGAAAGCGUACAACGCGUGCACAAUUAACUUAACACAUUCGAAUACACAAACUAAUGAAAUGCAACAAUCAUGGCAAACGUUAGAGCUUAUGUUGAAUGGGAAUACAUUCACUAGUCAAAUCGUCAAUAAGUUGAUGUCCCCACAAACACACCCACACAUAAGCAAUGUAUACCAAAAGUAUUACAAGUUAGAAAUUCGUUUAGAAAUCUAAGUAGGUGAUUUAUCGAUGUUGCAGCGAAUGCAAAUGCUGAAAUAAUAGAUCUGUUUUACAUCGUU